AAAUUUACAUUUAAAUUAACAUUCUCCGUAAGUACCAGCCAUCGUCUCCAAGUCACUACCAAGCCGCUUCUUCCACAAGCCUGCACUUCUCAGGUACCAUCUCUGUCACUAUCAGAACCUUCGAUCCAUUUCCAAACCUCCCUCGCCCCGCCCCUUCCCUUCAAAUUUCAAACCACCACAUUCCUCGAAAAUUCCUUCUCCGUCCUCAAUGUACCCUCCCGCACCCCUCCGCAGACUUUUGAGGUCAACUCUACUCGCGUUGUGGAAUUCGUGUUGGGCCAGGCCCCAGCAUUCAUACCAUACCCACUCCAUUUCCCUGGUAGUGUUGACGUCUGCUCGACUUGAGUCAGUACCAUCGGCCAUGUUGACUUACGGACGCGUAGUACCCGCGUUGUCCCAGAAAACCCCCUCAUCUUUGUGCCGCGACGCGCCCCAGUGAAGUGAACGCCCCUGCGCCGCCCCCAGUGUCCGUCGACCGCGAAAAAGGCCCCCAAAUCAGCGUACGCCCGUCCAAUAUGUGAGUGCGCCACUUCGCUGACCUACAUCGAUUUAAAAGCCAGCAGAGUAUGUAAUGUACAGUUCGCGUUAAGAGGUUAAGGUGACAUGUUGUAAACAUGUCCAAUAAGAAACAGCCGUUCGUAUACAAGCCACCAGCGGACUCGGCCAACACUGCACCCCCGCGAUACCAGCCGCCGCCGCUGCCCCCGACGACGGGCGGGCAAGCGGGCAUACUGAAGCACCACCCGAAAGAUGCCAAGCAGUACCCGCCCCCGAAGCUCCCAGAGAACGUGAGGGUGCCACAGCCGGGAAAACCGUAUCCGUACUACCCCGAGCGGACCGUCACUCAGGUGCAGAUCCACCAGCCGCGCCCCCUCGACGAGCCCGGCGUGCCCCAGGUGCAGCACCGGCCGCCCUUGCGCUACGACGACGAGUUCCUGCGCCCGGAGAUGCUCAAGUUCGUGCGGAAACCCGACGACCCGCGCCUGGCCGACCCCAGGCACAUGCAGAGCAUCCUCGGCGAGCUGCGCGCCCUCAAGGAGGCCAACCAGCGCCUCGCCGACGACAACCAGGAGCUGCGCGACCUGUGCUGUUUCCUCGACGACGACCGCCAGAAGGGGCGCAAGCUGGCCCGCGAAUGGCAGCGCUUCGGCCGCUACACCGCCAGCGUGAUGCGGCAGGAGGUGUCCGCCUACCAGAACAAGCUCCGCGAGCUGGACAACAAGCAGCAGGAGCUGAUCAAAGACAAUCUCGAGUUGAAGGAGUUGUGUUUGUAUCUGGACGAGGAGCGCGGCGGGAACGCGAUCUGUCCGUCGUGCGGGAGUGCGCCGAGUGGCAAUUUGAGGGAUGACGGAGAUGGGUCCAGUUCUAGCACCAACGCGGACGAGCCCGCUGUGCCGCAGCAGUUCACCACGGGGGGGAAUCCGCCCAGGAGGUCUGCGAGCAGGGAGAGGAUUCUCCACGAGAACCUGGCGAGGCAGCGGAACACGUUCAAUGACCAAAUAAUGCAAUACGUUCGGAAUCUGGAACAGCGUGUCAAGCAGCUGGAGGAGGACAAACGGGCUCUCACGCACAAGAUCAACCAGAUCGCGGCGACGACCGGCGACCCGAGUCUGGCCAUUCCCCCGGACGCGGGAGUCGGGGUGCUGAGUGGACGUCCAGAGGCCGUCGUGCGAGCUCUCCAGGUUCUCGAAGUGCGGGAACAGCUCGAGAGGGAGGGAAGAAUGCCCGCUGAAAGGGCGGAGAACUUGUCUGACAGUACCUCUCAGGAUAUGGACGAUGGGGAGAAAGCUCUUGUUAGGGAAAUGUGCAACGUUGUCUGGCGAAAGUUGGAAGAAGGUCCCUCCUCCAGAAGAUGAGCCGAUUCUUGCCUAAUCUUGCAUAGUACAAGCGUCUUGCCAUUGGAACGACGUUACACAUCGAAUUAUGUAUCUUGAAGAGUAUUAUUUUAAAUAUCUAUUUAUUUUUAAUCUAUUAGGCCCGUUCGAGGCGCCACCAAAUUGGACUAAAUUUGGGGCGAACGUGAUGCGUCGCGUUCGUGUCAGAUUUAUUUAUAAAUUUCGUGUCGUGCCGAACGGGCCUUACAAGUACCUAAUUUAGUGUGGUUGUAAGCAUUGUUAUUUUUGUACAGAUUUUUUUGAAAUAAAACUUUAUCAUAU